CCGCGUAGUAUUCUAGUUCUUUCAGAAUCGACAGCGAAUCCCUAGGUGAAUCUUGUUUGGAGAGUUGUUUGCACCGGACGACGAAUUCAUUCUACUUCACAUUUUUGCAAAAACGUGCUCGCAAUUGACCCAAUAUGAUUAACACAAUUCGACUGGUAUCUCGGCAGAGCCUUUCUCAAUUUCGCCGCUUUCACAAAUGCAUUAUCCGACAAACGGAAUCGAGCACAGCGGCAGCGACGAAAGCCGCAUCACCACCAUCACCACCUCCUCUUCCGUCUGAUGUUGACAAGCCAAUAGAUCCAAAAAUCGACAAAAUAGUCAAUGACAUCACCGCUCUUAAUCUUAUAGAAGUGGCAGAGCUCAGUGAUCUGUUAAAGAAACGAUUGAAUCUGCCGGAUGCACCUGUUAUGCCUAUGGGAGGAUUUGUUGCUGCAUCUCAGUCUGUGGAGGAGGAAGAGCAAACCACUAAACAAGUAAAAACAGAAUUCACUGUUAAAUUGACGGGAUUCAACGAAAAACAGAAGGUAGCGCUAAUCAAAGAAAUCAAGAAUUUGCUGCCAGACACAAAUCUUGUUCAGGCGAAAAAGUUCGUCGAGAGCGCACCUGUGGUAGUGAAAGCAGAUAUAGCAAAAGACGAAGCAGAAAAAUUACAAGAUGCUCUUACAAAGGUUGGUGCUACGGUCGAAAUUGUAUAAUUCAUACAUGUGAAUACAUAUAUUGUUACGUAUCUGUAAUGUUAUAAUAAAAAAAUUUACAUUUACUCACAG